AGUACAGAGCUGUUUGGAGGCUGGUAGGGUUGGUGAGGCCCGAAGCAGGGACUCUCAGGAGUCUUCUCCAACACCACGUUUCAAAAGCAUCGAUUCUUCAGUGCUCAGCCUUCUUUAUGGUACCAGCUUCUGGAAUUUCUGAGCAGCUCUGGUCAGUACAAGAUGGACCCAGUAGUCUUGAGUUACAUGGACAGUCUACUGCGGCAAUCAGACGUCUCACUACUGGAUCCUCCAAGCUGGCUCAAUGACCAUGUUAUUGGGUUUGCCUUUGAGUACUUUGCCAACAGUCAAUUUCAUGACUGCUCUGACCAAGUCUGUUUCAUCAGCCCCGAAGUUACUCAGUUCAUCAAAUGCACUGGCAACCCAGCAGAAAUCGACAUGUUCCUUGAACCCUUGGACCUCCGCAAUAAGAGAGUUAUAUUUUUAGCCAUCAAUGAUAAUUCCAACCACGCAGCUGGGGGAACCCACUGGAGCUUGUUGGUUUAUCUGCAAGAUAAAAAUGGCUUUUUUCAUUAUGAUUCUUAUGGUGGAAGUAACUCAUUCCAUGCAAAACAGGUAGCAGAGAAACUAGAGGCUUUCUUAGGCAGAAAAGGAAACAAACUGGCCUUUGUGGAAGAGAAAGCCCCUGCUCAACAAAACAGCUAUGACUGUGGGAUGUACGUGAUAUGUAACACUGAGGCCUUGUGUCAGAACUUCUUUAGACAACAGCCAGAAUCACUGCUGCAGCUACUCACUCCUACAUACAUCACAAAGAAGAGAGAAGAAUGGAAAGAUCUCAUUGCCAGACUUGCCAAAAAUUAGCUGUUGAAAUAUGUUUGACUUUUGAAGUCUCUUUCUGCCUGUACCCAUGAAUUGGAUGGCUGCAGUCUCAGUGCCUGAGGGAAGAUGCCUAGGAGAGGAAAGCUUAGAAUGCUUACUUUCUCCUGAGAGAAUGUUGUCCUCCACAUUAUCCUAACGGAAAGUGUCACUUUAACCCUAACUUCAGAGCAGUAUGUUCUGUGAAAGUGUCUUCAAAAUACGCACCCAAACUGAUUAAUUCCCUUUUGGGCUCCCUUAUCCACAUUGGUUUAGUCCAAAGGAAAAAGAUUGAUCUGUAAAACAAAUUGAGAAUAUGUGAAAUUUAGAAGCAAGAAGAAAAUCAUACAGCAACCGAAGACUUACUGCACAGCCCACAUAUUUCAAGAGAUCAACUAGCUGGAAGCAGAUCAAGACCUAACCUAAUUCAAGAUUGAAGUUUUAUCAGUUACUCAGUUCUGUGAUACCUCCUCUUCCGUUCAACAAGCAAAGGCUUUCCCAUCUAUAACCUUUGCCAAUACUUGAUGAAGAUGGUGUUAGCCCAUAGUCACCCAUCUAAUUCCUGGAGCCCUUUAAGAAAGGGG